ACGCAUUCGGACAAGCCAGUUGCCAUCAACCAAUGUGAAAACACGAACUUGAUUCCCUAAAAAAUAGUAAAUAUAAUCAAAAUUUCGCUUCUUUUCCUCAAUCUUCCCCACUGAGGCUCUAUGAAGGCAUCGACGGGGAAGUGAAGCAUCCUCAAGAAGUAGAUCACGAGUCUUGGUGGCGAAAGAGACGAGAAAUAUGGCAAAGUUGAUCGGUGUUUAUGGGGAUGAGGAUCAACUUAGUCUCGGUAGAAGGCAACUUCCCUUAUCUAUUUAUGACAACAAAAUCAUGAUAAUGCAACUGGGGGGAUCCUGUGAUGUAGAGGUGAGCGGAGGGACAGCAAAGCGACGCUGUGACGAUUCCUUCAUGAAGCACUACGGUGCGCUCAGCAAAGACGAGUUGAUUGCUGCGCUUAUGGUCCCUUCAAAACUGCUAUUCACAAGACUGGCACAAACUGUAUCUUGUGUUGGGUGCCGCAGAAGCGUGGAGAGACUCUUCAACCAGCUGAAGGAAUCCGGUCACCCUGCACUGGAGCCUCUUGCGGUGAACUCCAAUGGUGUCUUGACAGUUUUGAGGAAGUAUGCCUUACAGGCUCGGUCCUUAGGAGCUUUAUUUAAUGAUCAUGGGUUGGCACUAAGUGCAGUACUUGACAGUAUUCCAAAGCUGAAGAAAUCUGGUCGUUGUAUAUUCCACUCAAUGGAGGGCGUGAGAUGUAGGCCUGGCGGCUGCUCGUGGCGGGAUGCUUGGGAGGUGAUGGACUCUACGUGUCGAGAUGCUGUCACUCUUGUCAGCGCAGAUCAUCUUCUCACCACACUUGACAAUUACCUUCGCAAGCACCGGUUUUGCCAGGAGUGUAAGAACAAAGUACACAGAGCUUUUGAUAUCUUAGUUGGCCAUAUAAGUAUAGAUCCUGCAAAGGAAAAAGGAUACGUGGCAUCCCUCUACUCAGGGAUCCGACGAUGUGAGGCCAAGAGACAUAUUCACGUUCCAGCUGACACUGACUACGUGACGCACCUCAUCAUUCGGGCUGAACCAGAGCUGCAGGGGAGACGAGAGCGACAUGCCAAAACCUUAGAGAUUGCACAGGAAGAAGUGCUAACGUGUUUAGGACUGUUUUUAUUUGAGCGGCUCCAGCGGAUCCACACCAGAAUGCGAGAAGAGGAACAGACAUGGGAUAUUUUAUUUCAUGUAGCUGUAGACACCCUUAAGAAAAACUUUGAGUUGGCUGUAGAAGACAAACAGGGUUACUCUAAGUUCGAGAUGCUGUGUGAAGAAUUACAGAAACAGGAACUUAGAGAGAAAGCAAAGAAAGAGAAAAAGAAGAAGAAAAAGAAGAGUAAAAAGAAUGAUGAAGGGAAAGAGAACGCUUGUGUACGUUGUGAGGAAGACGAGGGAGGUUGCCGCGAGUGUGAACUGGAAGCAUGUCUUUGUCGUUCUUUUCUUGCUCAAGCCACGUUGUAUCUCUUAAUGCAACCAACAAAAAGGUUGGCAGUGACAGCUUCUGCCGAGGGGGCUCUCAUUUAGGCCCCCCGCUGGGAAGCCCUCAUUUAAGUAAUUCCCUGGGAAGUAGCCAUAUACCUUCAGAAGGGGCAGGGGUUAUACCAAGAUGCAGCAGUGAAUGCGGGAGUCUUGGCGUCAAUGAUAUAGGUAGUGAAAGAGGCAGCAGUGAAGAGAAGGAGAGUUGUGACUCGAGCCCAGAUCCUUACCGCCAUCAUCAUCAACUCCACCAGCACCAAAGUCAUCACCAUUGUCAGCACCGGGACUCCCCUCACCCCUUAGAGUGCACCGCGUCAACGGAUUCAUUAGUUUCUAGAUGCUCACAGGGUUCUCGUGACGGAGGCUAUUGCUCAGCACAAGGUUCAGGAGGCUCCUCUCGGGACUCCUCCGAGGUGGCGUGUGGGGAAGGUCUCUGUUCGCACCACCACGAAGACCAUGUAGAUGAUGGGGAACACCAUAAUGGGGAUGAUCACGUCGACCACUUUAACGCCCCACUCUCACCGUCACCUCUGCGGUACUCCCAACCUUUCACCCUGUCCCUGCAACAGAUGCUAGAUGACUCCCGAUGUGAAGAUGAGGAGAUCCCAGAGGCUGAAGUCCGGGCGUGGCGUGCCCGGCUUGGUGUUGUUAAACAGAAGAGAGCGGAGCUUCGGCAAACUCUGCGACAAAGAUUCCAACAGUUUUGUCACCGUGGAUGUGCAGUUACGUCCACCACUUUGGGGAGUAGCCAAAGUCAUCAUUGCCAUCAUUAUAUCAACUCUCCACACAGUACUUUAACAGCACACCUCCCAAGUAUAAUAAAACCACGCUAGGUUCAUGUUAGCCAACUCCAGAACAUUACAUUGCUUAGUAUGGUCAAAGUAGGUGUUAUCAUAAAGGGACAGGAGAGUGGUAGUGACCACAUGAAAGAAAUAACUGUUAGCAAGGAAGAUAAUUCUUGCAUUGAUGCUGGUCUUGCCACCAAAAUUUGAUACUAAUACUGGUCUUUAUGGAGUUUUAUAUUGGUUUAUAGAACAAGUUUCCACCAAAAGCCCAACAAUUAGCAUUUGUUCUAUUGUCAUUUCAAAAUGCAUUAGACAGUUUUUGUACAUGUACAGAGUUGAGUCAUUUGAUGGACUCUUGCAUAGCUAUCAUCACAAUGCGUUCCCAAGUGCUCAGCAGUCUUCUGAAGAGGUGCCUCUGGUAUUGGAAAAGCCAUUUAUUCCAUUUCUUGCUCAAAAGUUAGCUAGUCUUAGUUUAUUAAACUAUUAUUGGUAAGGUGCAGCACCUAUGGUGUGGAUGGUGGUCACCCUAACCCACGAGCAUUUAUUCAGAUCAAGGUGUAUGAUUGUAUGGAAACAAGUGAGGGAAAUUUCAGAGCUUAUCUUGUGUCAUGCCAUUUCUCCAUUCUGUAAGCAUAUUUUAUCUUUUUCUUUAUGAAUAUGUAUAUUUUUUUUCAACAUGCAUUUGAAUUUAAGUAUUGUCACAUGUAGCUCAUAUACUUUGAGGAAGAAAUAUAAAAGAAAGUUAUAGACUUACAGUGUAAAUAUUUGUGAAUGUAAGGAUAUAUAUUAAAGCUUGUGAGAGUAAAUGUAUUAAAGGAAUGCACAUAAAAGAUUUAUAUUACAAUCGAAAGAGAUGUCUUCAGAAAUUCCAUUCCAGUGUUCUCGAAGAAGAUAAGUGAACCCAUUUCUGUUGCCGUUGUUGUUGCUUUUUUGAGCGCAUACGCAGAUGUUAGUGUGCCAUGAGUGUAUCACUUGACCCCCCCGUACUACAGUGGCUGAUUUUUCUACUGGGUGAUAAGACUCAUCCAAUAGGAAUGGAAGCAUAGCUAUUUUUUUAUGAUUUAGGUUUUUAGUUCUCACAGAUACAGGCUUCAGAAUUGCAGGAGAAUAUCGUACAAGGUAGAAAUUUGUUUAUUGUAUGUAAUUUUUUUAAAGAUAAUUUUAUAUUAUAUUUUGGUUGUCAUCUUUAUACUUUUCUCUGUGCAUAUCUCAGAAAAUUUAUCCUGCUUCUUUAUUUUGUCUUGUAUUUGAGGCAAUAGCUCUGCAGUGAAUUGUUGAUUGAUUGAGCAAGAGAUGGACAUGAAACCUGUGAUAAGGAUGUAUAUAAAGAAUUAUCUUUUUCAGUACCUGUUUUGUCAAAAGCUUAAAAAAAUAUUAAAUAACAAAAAAAUAUAUAAAUGUAUAUAUUGCUCAAUCAGAUGGCAGAGGUGAUUGAAGGAAGAUAUAAAAAAAACUUUAAAUUUUGUAUCAUCUUAAAAUUCAGUUAUUGUCAUGAAACUUUGAUUCAUUUUUUUUUUUUUUUUUUUUCUCUCUCUCAUCUAGUUACAUUCUUUGCACGAUUCUUUAUACAUACCCAGCGCCGGAUAUACAGUAGGUGUGAUUAAAAGCAAUGAGGAAAUGGAACAGAGACAGCCAUAAAAGAGUAAAGAGAAAAACUGUUGCUUGCACACACUAGAAGAAAAAGGGUAGUGAAGAAGUUCAUAUAUAGAUACAUAUAUAUUUUCAGUCAUUAUUUUGUAAACUGGUGUUCUCUUGGUCAGACCUCUGUUUCAUAAUUGUACUAUUAUUUCUUAGUAUGGUUCUUAAACAAACACUUCAUUUUGUAAUGGUCCAUGGGAACACACCAUAGGAUUUUUUUUUUUUUUUUUUUUUUUUUUUUUUUUUUUUUUUUUUUUUUGUAUCCUUUUUGUAAUGGAGAGAUAAUUCAGAGAUUUAUUGAUGGGUUAUUUUGAAACAUUCCUCCAUAACAUAGCAUAUGGUUAUAGGUACCACUGUGAAUAACAUGUAUGGAAUUUUCUUCAGCAUUUUAUGAGACUGUGUUCUUACUGGGGUUUAAAACUGUUUACUGGAAUCCUACUGGAAUAACCAAAGACAAAAACAGCUUUGGCGCAUGUUAUUUUAUUUAGUUGAUUAAAGUUGGUUUGAAAUGGGGGUAAUUUUAUUUCAUACAGCAUCAAGAAACACUUCAAUUGAACAUGAAAUGUUUAUUUACUUUUGUCUAUCCUGACACAUCUUUUGGUCAGUUACAUUUUAUCACAGUGGUCCAAAUAAUUUUUUUAAAAAUGUAUUCUAAGCAUGUAUACAACCUUUUAUGUUCCAGAAAAAUAUGGUCAAUGAAAAAAGGAGUAUAAUCUUAAAAGUUAAUUUAAAGAAGAUAUUUUUUGUUUUUUAGUUAGAAACAAUGAAGUCCAUAAGACCCAAUGAAUUUGAGUGAAAUCAGAACCAGCAGAAAACAUGCAUUGCUGGUUUUAUGCUGUUAUUAGGGACAGAACUGCCUAUUUGCCUUCUACUUUCCAUUGGUAGACUGUACACAGUGAAAUAGGAAUAAAAGCAAAUACCCACGUCGAGAACUCCUUUUUUCGGAGUAGAUAUUACACGUGGCUGUGUUGAGUGAUGGUCUCAUGUGACUGGCAUGUGAGACUUGGUGUUGGGUGUUGGGACAAACAAAGAAAUAUGAAUAUCUAUAAUAAAGAAAUGCUGUUGUA